ACAGUUAAGAUUCGAGGAGGGCUAUCUGGAUAUUCGAUAUUUAAUGGAAUAAAAUUUAAGGCCGGAAUCUAAACGUAUGUUACCUGUCACGGCAACAUGAUAUAAUUCAACAUGCACGACUUUCCGACCAAAAUGACUGCCUUUCAAAAUCACAAAAUAACUUCAAUCUGCGACGUGCCACCAUCUUUGUUGAGGAAGACUUUUCAACCGGUGGUUAGCGAUAGUGACAUUGGAUUUGAUCAACAAAUGUUGGAUACUUUUGCCGACGACGAUGAUUUCAGUGAUCACGAUUCUCAUUAUUCGGAGGAUUUAGCAGAUGAUUACCAGCAUGAGCUCCUCACUUCCGGUCCAGGACCGGAUAUGACGCGUCAGCUUCUCGACUUUGCUGAUCUUGUAAAUAGUGAUAUAAAAAAGUUUUUUGGACCAAAGAAAGGGGCUGAGGAUUCGUGUGAUAUUUAUGCUGACAAAUGGAAAACAAUUAAAUCUGGGCGUGAACGCUAUUAUAGAGAUUUAUUGCGAAUCGCGGAAGGUGAUAAUGAUAUGAGCAGAAGUGCCAAGGAUGAUGUAGUUUUUGAGUCGAUACAAAAAGACGUAGAUAAUCGACACACUUUCACAGGACGGUUUGAUAAACGACUGGGAUUAGGACCAUUCAAGGAAUUGUUUGAACAUGGCUUAAAGGGAUAUUUCAAUGAAAAGAAGGCAAAAACUCGAGAAAGCAAAUCUGUGUCAACCGUGCCGAUGCAGCAGAGACGUUUUCCAGAGUCCUUCUGGAAGCAACCUGAACACUUAACUAAGAAAUGCCACAGUGCCCAUGUUCAUGUGAUAAACUCACCCAAACCACCCGAUUUUAGUGAUUUAUUAGAAACAUGGACGAUGAUGGGUGAUACUGAAUUUAAAGGAGACGUGUCUAGUGAUACGAGUAAUACGUCACCAGUUCCCGUGCACCAUCGUCGUGUUUGAAAUUAUCCGAAUGUAUGCUACUUACUUGCCAGGACUGCCAGCGCUCAGUAUUUAUGU